CAUUCUUAACAGGGGCCCUUGCGAUAUAAAAAUAAGAGCUCCCUUCUGAAAGCCAAGGAACGACAUCUAGGGUUUCAUCUUCCCCGCCGUUUCUUCCAUUCCUCGCAUACAUUCAAGGGCGAAGAAAUGACUAAGCGAACAAAGAAGGCUGGGAUUGUGGGGAAGUAUGGCACAAGAUAUGGUGCCAGUCUGAGGAAGCAGAUAAAAAAGAUGGAAGUGAGUCAACAUGCGAAAUACUUCUGCGAGUUUUGUGGGAAGUAUGCCGUGAAGAGGAAAGCUGUUGGAAUCUGGGGCUGCAAGGAUUGUGGCAAGGUGAAAGCUGGAGGUGCUUACACAUUGAAUACCGCCAGUGCUGUUACUGUUCGGAGCACAAUCAGAAGGCUUAGGGAGCAGACGGAGGGGUGAUUGGACCUGUGAUCUCACAAAUCAGCUUUGCAAUGAUUUUCUUGUGUUUUUAUGUUUUGAGGUUAUUACUAGUUUGGAUUCUGAAUGCGAAGUAAUGGGACCAAAAUUUUGAUUUGUUAGUUUGGGAUGAUUACUAGUCUUUGAACAUUUAGAGCUCUUAUAUUGAGUUGGCUUUAGUAAAUCGUCAUGAGUUUUAGGAAUUUAGCUGGAGCUUGAUGGCCUGAUCCUAUGGAUGAGAUACAAAUAAAUUGAGCAUUCGUUUUAUAGUAA